AUGGAACACUGCUCUACCAUGCCAACUCAUUUUCCUCUGCAAUUGGAUCGUGUGAAAGAUCAACAAAAAGAGUUCUCUGAUCCAACAUAUUUUCGAAGCUUAGCAGGGUAUGUCAAAGGUACCAUUACGAUGGGCAUUACCUAUAGCAGAACCAACUCGUUUAACCUCAAAGCAUACAGCGACAUCGACUAUGCAAACUGCAAGGAAGGCAGACGUUCAGUUGGUGGGUAUUGUACUUACUUGGGACGCAACCUUAUCUCCUGGUCGUCCAAAAAGCAACCUACAGUCUCCAAGAGUUCGACUGAAGCAGAGUACUGA